AAGAAGGCUGCAUACCCGAUGCAUUGGCCCCGUGGAUGGACCGAGUGUCUGAUGUGACUCCAAGUCAAACAAAGGAGGACAAAGGAAGUGUUCAUGGCCUUUGGCAGGUUUACUGCGCACGGUCCUUACUUGAGGCAUGCACGGCCACAACAACAUCCUGGUAUAAAUACGCUUGUACGCCCCUCCCCCUCUUCGCUUCAACGUCCUUCAUCUCUUCACUCAGACAACCAUGUUCUUUUCGGGUCUCCCUGAAGAGAUGAUCUCACGCAUUCUUUCCCAGGCUAUACGCUACUCGUUGCAUUCAGCACGGAUCUAUAAUCCGUGGGCGCAGGAGGACUUCAUAAAACCACGUCGUGUCACUGAUGUGGUCUUGGUAUGCAAGUCCUGGAACCGCAUAGGCAUGCCAUUCCUAUGUGAGCACCUGUCGAUGUCAACUCCGGAGCACACCGCGAACGUUGCCAAAGUCCUGCGUGCAAAGCCGAAACUCGGACGCCACGUCAAGCACAUGAGGCUCAGGGGCGGUUUUAGCCCCGACCUGCUCGACAUCGUGCGGCUCCUACCUCCAAGGCUAGAGCACCUCUGGAUCUCCGUAGGACCUGAUGACGGCGCUGCCUUCCUACUCGAAGUCUUGCCCAUGUUGAACCCGAGGACGUUGCACUUGAAUGACCCGUUGCAGCCCUUCGCGGACAUGCAUCGGCGGGGCGCAACGAUGAAGGAGGCUAUACGCUUGAUCAUGCAUCUUAUAGCUACCGGAAAAUGGGCCUUGCUCGUGCAGGAGCAGUAUAUGUGCAUACAAAGAAUCACCAGCUACUACCACAAGACGCUCACAGCUGCCCUUGCCGCAUGCCCUACCCUCCAGCAAGUCAAGUACGAUUAUCGUACUCUUGACCACACAGCCCUCAGCAAGAUCAUUCUCAAUCCUAAUUUGAAACGAAUGAUAUGCGUCAUCGGCUGGGAGAAGCGUAGAGGUUACGAUUGUCUCGAAAGGCUCCUUCUUCCCUGGGUGAAGGAUGACGCAGUCUUGCGGACGCGCGCCUUUCAGAUUUUCGGCUUUUGCAGCUCGUUCGAGCGUGAAGACUGGUUUGAGUUCUGCAGAGACAUGUCACAAUGUCGCGAAAACCUGGCACGCAAUGACCCUCCUGUCUCCGAAGCUAUGCUGAAGGAAAGGACUCGGGAGCUCGCUGCUUCAUAUGGAUUACUUUAGGCCGCUUGUUUCCCUGAAGAGAACCUCCUCGGCGCGGACGUUGGAACAAACAUUAUUUGCGAGGCGGAAUAUGGGUCAGUUUAGGUUUAUGGUGUCAGUUCUAUUACCACUCGCUUCUUCUCGAUGUAUGCUAUAACGGUAUGGAUGUGGCGUCGUGGCAUACGUAGCUCGAGUUCAAUGUAUCGACUGGUAGUGACGUGACAAACAUUUUAAAUGGAGGAAGGC